AUGACAGAGACUUUUAUAGGUGGUAAGAAUAAGAAUAGGCAUAGGGAUAAAAAGGUUCCUAAUUCCCAAGGUGAAGGUGCAAAAAUUACACAAGAACAGGACCAACAUUGCGCAACCCUUUUGUUAGAAUUAGGAAAAAUAAAGAAUGAGUUAAACCAAUCUGAAGCUCAACAAAUAAAAUAUAUUAAUGCCAUAGAAGAAUAUCAACGAAGAAUAGAUGAUGAAAAAUUACACAAAAACAGAACCAACACCAUGCAAAUCUUUUGUGAGAAUUGGAAAAAAUAA